CAUACGGGUGAAAAGCCGUUUACAUGUGUGAAAUGUGGAAAAGGUUUUAGUCAUAAAGGUAAUUUAACUAAGCACAUGAUGAUUCACACUGGUGAAAAGCCAUUUUCAUGUGUGAACUGUGGUAAAAGUUUUAGUCAAAAAGGUAAUUUAACUCAGCACAUGAUGAUUCACACUGGUGAAAAGCCAUUUUCAUGUGUGAACUGUGGAAAAUGUUUUAGUCAAAAACAGGAUUUAACUCAGCACAUGAUGAUUCACACUGGUGAAAAGCCGUUUUCAUGUGUGAAAUGUGGAAAAGGUUUUAGUCACAAACAGCAUUUAACUCUGCACAUGAUGAUUCACACUGGUGAAAAGCCGUUUUCAUGUGUGAAAUGUGGAAAAGGUUUUAGUCACAAACAGCAUUUAACUCUGCACAUGAUGAUUCACACUGGUGAAAAGCCAUUUUCAUGUGUGAAUUGUGGAAAAGGUUUUAGUCGAAAACAGCAUUUAACUCUGCACAUGAUGACUCACACUGGUGAAAAGCCAUUUUCAUGUAUGAACUGUGGAAAGAGUUUUAGUCAAAAACAGGUUUUAACUCAGCACAUGAUGAUUCACACUGGUGAAAAACCAUUUUCAUGUGUGACCUGUGGAGAAAGUUUUCGUCACAAGGUGAGUUUAAUUCACCACUUGAGGCGUCACACAGGUGAAAAGCAGUAGAAGUAUUUUCCAUACAUGUUCUAUGUUGAGGUUCACUAUAGAACUGAUUUGGUUUAAAACUAGAAUGAAAGACUGGAGGGGUUUCAUGUCUAUAAAGCUGAAAAUUGUUGUAUUUGUUAAAU